UUCUUCCUAAAUGAAUAGGGGAAAGGAAAGAAGGGAGAAGAGGCUUCAAUGGGAAAAAAAAAAAUGGCUUUCUGGCAAACCCGGGUCCACGGCGUGAAAGCGCACUGGCCCGCCAGGGAAUUUCCUACAGAUGGGUAUCUUUAGGAAAGACAGAUGGGUUUCUAGGAGAACAAAUGGUGCAUAAGAAAGUCUGUGAGAAUGUUUGUUUAUGCCAGUACAGUGGUACUGUCUUCAAGGCCAUAAAACUUCCCUGGAGACAGAAUUUAUGAUGGUUUCAACCCUUUCCUGGGAGUGAAGUGUCCCCGAGGGAAUUUAUGGCAUGCUUCACUCCCAGAAGUUUUUGCUUUCAGUCUGAUAAGAGAAACUCCGAGAAGCCUUAUUUUUCCUGCAUCUGUUGAAACCCAAAUAUCUUCUGCUUAAAAUCAUUUCAUACCAUCCUGGGGUUCCGAGGGGGUUCCCACAUUUGCAGACAAGGCUGAGAAGAGAGCCACUUACCAUCUUUCCUUUGUUCUGUCUCUACAGGGCAGCCUCUCUAAGCGAGACCCCGUAAGCACCCCUUCCUUUCUCUGCAGCCUCCCUGCUUGGGUCUUAGAUGCUCAAAGUUGAGCCCUCAGUGGGCAGCCGGCACAGCUCAGCCCCGGGUCCCACUGAGCCCCUUUAGGGGUCGCCGGGCUUUGUCUCCGAUGGUGAAGCUGUGAUUUCCCAAAUGCCUCUGACUCAGCUCAAGAAGCCGGUGGUCACCCGCCCCGAGGAGAGAGCAACGUCCUUCUUCCCAAUGGAGCUACUGACACCUUCUCAGUACACAGUGUAGCGACCUGAAAGCGUCCCCCUAAAAGUCAUGUCCACCCAGAACCACAGAAUGGGACUUCAUUUGGAAGCAGGGCCUUUGCAGAUGUGAUGAAGUGAAGGAUCUGUCCUCUGUGUAGAAAGAAUCAGAAUAACCCCAACCUCACUUCCCAAGGGCAUGGGGACCCUGCCCGAGAUGUGGGCACAGACGGACAGCUGUGAGACCCAGGUGCAAGACGGCAAAGCCCCUUAGGGCCCUGCCAUUGCGGGGAGGGAGGGGAAUAUGGACCGAGGAAGCGGGUCCCAGGUGUCCGCCCGGUGUCAGGAUGCUCUCCUGCGAUGUGCACACGCUCUGCCUUCGCCCUGUUCCCAGCCUGGCGUUUGUCACCAAAGUCCAUCACAAGAUCCUCUUUUCUUUUAAAGGUUUUCCAAAGAGGAGGUGAUAAAAAUGAGUAGCGAAUGCCCGAUUCUGCCGUGAUGGGAGAGCACACCGCCCGCAUGCGUGUGACGCGCAUGUCCUAUAAAAUCUGGAGUGAAUGGAGCUCCACGCAGCACUUCGGUUUCCCAGAGAAGAACUUCCUUGUGGUCCUGAUCGGGCUGGUGGUGAGGGCAGCGGUUUUGUCCAGCAUGGGCCUGAAAUUCCUCUGUAAAAGGCAACACCCGCCCCCCCACCCCCACCCCCAAAAAACCCUCGAGAACAGCAUGACGGAGGCCACACACAAAAGGGCCCACGCCUGUCACCCCGUGCACGCAGAAUGGCCAGAAACCCAGAUUCAAAAAGCAGAUUUGAGGUUGCUUAGGGCGGAGGGAGGGGAAUGAGGGCAGGGGGCGGCUGCUAAAGGGAUGGCCCGUCUGCUGCCUGAGCCCCAUACGUGGCCCAAUGUCCGCACUGGUUCUCUCCUGGUGGCCGGGUCGGGGGGAGUUUGACUUUCCCGUGUGCUUGCGGGCUUUACGCUUCCCGCAAAAGGCAGUCAUUAUUUUGUGCUCCAAAGAAUAAACUUUAAAAAGAGAUUAGGAUUGACAUAAAUACGCUACCGUGGGUAACAGAUAGCCAGUGGGAACCUGCGGCAUAGCACAAGGAGCUCAGCUCCGGUGCUCUGUGAUGACCUAGGUGGGUGGGAUGGGGGAGGGGGAUGGAAGGAAGGUCCAAGAGGGAGGGGAUACAGGUAUACAUAGAGCUGAGUCACUUCACUGUACAGCAGAAACUGACACACCAUGGUAAGGCAAUUAUACACCAAUAAAAAAUGAAUAAAUUAGUGUAUUGAUUAAAAAGAAGAGGCUUUCAAGAAAGAGACAAAGCCAGGGGUCUCUGCAGAGAGCACACACGUGUCUGGAAGACGGGUCCUGAGGAUGCCGCCGGGCAAAGCGACUGUGAGCUCAGUACCGGUUAGGGGCUGUCCCUGGUGUCACAAUUCGGAACCACCUGCUGGGUGACCGUCCAGGCACAGGCGAUGGAGGCCGGCUAUGGUCACAGCCACCACACGGGGGCAGCGGUGAGCAACCCGCCUAUUUCCCGGCCCCGGUUUCUCAGCUUCCCAGGCCCCGAGGCGGGUGGUGUCUGGCCCGAGGGGUCGACUCAGGGCGGUGGCAUCAGCCCUGGCUGCAGAUGCAGGCUCUGCCCCCUUUGCCGGCUGGCUCGCCACACCUGUGCAGCAUGUGUUGAAUGCCUGGUGACCACCUGGAGUGCCUGGGGCACGGGCAUCCCUAGGAGACCACCCAGCCAAGGGGCUGCGGGCGUGUGGAGGAAGGUGGGGGCGUCCCAUGUCCGCUGCGGACGUCUGUGGACCAUUGCAUACACAAGGACCAGAAUCACUGAUGGAGCGUCUUGGGGUUCUCCUAUAGCAUGCAGCCCUGGGGGACAUCUGGAGAGACUUGGGGAGUCCGGGGGGGCUUGGGAAUGUGUAGGGCCCCCAGGGCCUCCGUCUGGGGGGAUGAUAGUGCUUUGGAACCAGACAGAGGUGAUGGCUGCACAACACUGGGAAUGUGCUGAAUGCCGUCAAACUGUGCACUUAGCAUGAAUUCUGCAGCUUGUGAGUUAAACGUCAAUAAAGCCGUUUUUAAGAAAGAAAAGAACGAACACAUCACGGGCAUCUUCAUCUCCGAGAUGCCUGCAACCCAGGUGGAGGGAUGGGUUUUCGCCGCCUCUUGGGGGGCAGACAGACAGACAGCCUCCGACUUAGGACAGACGGCCCCAUCCUUGCUGUCACACUACCACGUGCAGACUUCGAAGCUGGCAUCUGUGCUCCGCCCUGACCCUCCCCUGUCCGGGUGUGACCUCUCUCCCUUUCAGGGAAAACCGUUUAUGAUAAGUAAAGAAAACGAAAAAUCGCCUGGAUGUUUAUUCACGGACUUGUAUGAAUGCAAUGGUGUGGGCUGUGCAGAAAUUGUAAGGAGACGUAGAUUCAUUUCUGCGCCUAAGGAAAGAUAUUCAUGGUGUAUUUUUAGUAAAAUUAAAAAGUGACAGGACUUCCCUGGUGGCGCAGUAGUUAAGAAUCUGCCUGCCAAUGAAGGGGACACGGGUUCGAGCCCUGGUCCGGGAAGAUCCCACAUGUGGCGGAGCAACUAAGCCCGUGCACCGCAACUACUGAAGCCCGCGCGCCUAGAGCCCGUGGGCCACAACUACUGAAGCCCGUGCGCCUAGAGCCCGUGCUCCGCAACAAGAGAAGCCACCGCAGUGAGAAGCCCGCGCACCGCAACGAAGAGUAGCCCCCGCUCGCCGCAACUAGAGAAAGCCCACUCGCAGCAACGAAGACCCAAUGCAGACAAAAAUAAAUAAAUAAAUUUAUUUUAAAAAAAAAGAAAGAAUGAGCGAAGGCAUUGAGGAAAAUAAUCACAAACCUCCCCCCAAGGUGGCCAACAUGGGGCAUCCCCAAAACUCGAUAUGAACAACAAAGACACCUAUCUCCCUGCCCAUCUUCCAGCCACGGGGGGAAGAAGGACAAAGGGAGUACAGACAGGACGAGGAUGGAACACGCCCAGCUGAGGACAGUUCUCUUCGGUGGCGUGUCUCUACAACCCCACAUUAAACAUCCAGGCUGGGUUCCGUCCACACCCAGAAGAGACCCAUCUCCCAGGCGGGGCUCGCUCAGGCUGUCGUCCAGGGAAGCAAACAGCAGAGUCGCGCCCCAGACACAGAGGGAGACGCCCGCUCCGAUUUCCUGGGACGCCCUGAGCCCAACCGAAGACAACACUACGAAGAAACGGGCGUUUCACGAAAGGCCUCGGCCGCUGAUAAGGAAGAUUUCAUUUAGAAACUUCCAUGUUUGGGGUUGGGCCAGAGCUAAGAAGGCGUCUCUUUCAAAAGACGUGCGGUGCUUCAGAGAAAAUAGAAAAGAUGAGGUCUAAGUGGAGGAAACAGUCGCUAUCGCUGUGGCUGAGGAAGCCGUGACCCCGAGAUACCCUGUGUCAUCACCCCAGAGAGCCUCUGGCCACGACGCCACCUGAGACAACCUGGACCUGGAAAGACGGGCUUCUCGUGGGAGCAUCAGCUCCGGCUACGGAUGGGCUUGGCCCCGGCUCACUCUUAUGUACACGGAUGGGUUUACAAUAAAAAUCAGAACCUGGCAAGUCAGCCCAAGCCUGGGCUGGCCACCGGCAGGUUCCAGAGCGGACCUGUGCACCGGUGGGACAGGCACCCUAUGGGAAGGCUGGUGCCCGCCCUCCUGUGGCAGCUGCCUUGGCCAUGGCUUUCGUCUGGCUGGCGGUCUUCCUGGUGCCCGUCUCCGGCCUGCUGCCACCGGACCACGAAGGGAAUCCCAGGGCGGCUGCAGAAAACCUGACCUGCUGGGUUCACGACGUGGAUUUCCUGACGUGCAGCUGGGCGGUGGGCCGGGAGGCCCCGAGGGACGUGCAGUACCAUCUCUACCUGGAGAACCUGGAGAUCAGACGCGUUUCCUGGUGAAUGGUACCGGCAGUGGUUCCAAAAUCCCCUGCUCUGAAACGAGUGAUAGACUAGCCAAAAUCGAGGUAUUAGCUGCUCCCAACAUCACUAGCAGGUGGUGUAACCAAAGCUACUCGUUCAUGCAGUGGCAAGUGAGGAGUCACCUUAAUGAUGACUUCAAGUAUGAACUGCAGAUACAGAAGGGUACGGAGCUCGCCUACAAACAGGAGAUCUAUAAAGCCUUCUUGGAGCUGAACAAUCCUGGGACCUACACGGUGCAAGUAAGGGCCAGGGAUGCCACCUUCUCCCAUUACAAACCUUGGGGCCCGUGGAGUGUCCCCCAACACUUCGUGUGUGAGGAGGGUGCGCGCCUCCCCGUCUGGCUGACGUCUUUGCUGAUCGCGCUGGGGACGCUGCUGGCUAUGGGGCUCGUGCUCCGGUUUUGCAGGUUCUCGGUGAUGCAGAAGCUGUUCCCUCCCAUCCCUCACAUGAAAGACCACAUCAAUGGCAAACUUCAGAACGGAAGGACGAUGACCUGGGACCCCGACCAAGACAGCCAGGAGGAGUGUCCAGUGGCCGAGGUGCAGGUUCUGGGGGAAACAUGAAGCUGGUGCAGAGGCCCGGUUUUCCGCCAGGCAGAGGGCGCACAGCCUGCUCAUGGCAGGUCGUGGAUGUUUCAAGCGGGGUCAGGGAUGGGAAAGCCCGGUGCAGUUGACACGGGGUCACCUCGAGGAAGAAAGAACAAAACAUGUGUUGGGCUCAUGUCUCAUGUCACAGCUUUUUUCCUCAUCCGUGACCCCUGGAAGUGGGGGUCACCCCCCAGCGCCGCUGAGCCCCACGUUCCAGCCUCCUGGACUUGGCCGGUGCUCACACGCCCACAUGCCCACUGGGUUUGCUCCUUCCCAAGUCCGUUAAGGGGCCCUGCCUGCCUGGUUUCUCUGUCUUGAACUGUUUUCUUGCUGCAUUUCCCCUUUGUAAGCCCCUUAAAUCACUUGUGUGACAACGCGGGGCCGGGGGGGUGGUGGUGUCUACAUCCCUCCCCUGGCUACGUGUGCGACCCCAGGGAAGGCACAUGGGAGACAGGCGUCAAGGCGGCAGGAAACGGGGUGUCAGGGCAGCGUGGCCUGUGGGCCUCGGGGGUCCGCAGGCGCAGAGGUGUGGCCCUGUGUCCAGACAUGGUCGUGGUGGGCAGUGAAGACACCCACCUGUACGCCCACGGAAAAGGACGCCCACGUGCACUGCCUGGCCCACGGGAACCCGAGUCUCCAAGAGGCAAGGCUUCCCUGGAGGACCUCUAAUUUCGUUCCCUUGUUUACACGCUUAACAUGUCAAGUUCUGUAGCAAAGAAUUCAACCCCAACGGCAGAUGCAGACUUGCUAGCUUUGCAGAAGGCACCCCUGCUGCGUCUGCAAGAUGGUGCACAGUCUAUGGGCCUAAAUGCACAAGGGUGGAACCGUGUCCCAGGUGUGACCCCGGCAGUCAGCACAGGUCUGGGUAGACAGACAGACGAUGUCCCAGUUCUAAGUGACUCCACCCCAAGGGCUGGGACACAGGUGGCUCAGAAGCCCAGGCUGCUCCUCAGGACUCCUCUGUGGAGCCGGGGCUGGUGGGCCCCACGUGGGUGUGUGGCGGCCGGUGCCGUCCUGUCCCCCACCCAGCUCCACUCAGGACUCCUCUGUGGAGCCGGGGCUGGCGGGACCCACGUGGGUGUGUGGCGGCCGGUGCUGUCCUGUCCCCCACCCAGCUCCAGCAAGGUAACCUUGGGGAAAGCCAGCUCCAGCUCGUCUUCUCUGACAGACCUCACCCUGGGCUGGAGAUGGAAGCUCUGCUCUCCGACGAACUCAGCCGGCCUCGGGGCGGUCCUGCUGUGGCCUGCAGCUGGCUUCCCCUCUCCAGCCCCUGCAGCGGACCCGUCUGACCUCUUCAAGGUCACUUGGUGCUGGAAGCUCCACGUGGACCCAGGGGACAGUUCUGUUCUUGGGCGGCUCUGUGUGCGACCGUGAGGCCUCAGACUGGUGAUGACCCCGCAGGCACAGUCCCGGACCCUGAGAACACCCAGAGCAAGCCCCAGAAUACACCCCAUCCCCCCAUGAUGACGUACCAGGACCCUGGGGCCAGCCUGGGAGAGACGCUCAAAGCAAGUUCUCUCCGUGCUGGAGACAUCAGGCUUCCUGCAGAUACGGCUCCAAGGGGGGAAGGAUGCUUGCCUGCCUGGGGCUGGGGGUCAGGCACACCCGAGAGGGUGCACAUGCUCACCUUGCAAGGGAUUCCCCUGUGAGCCCACGGCAGGGGUGGCCCACGGGACACACAGCUGCUACCACCCUAGAGGGCUUCUCUGGUUAAACCCCAGUGACAGGUAGGCCUGGAAGGGUGGGCACUGGGGGAAGGGAACUUCAGGUUAGGAAGCCCCAGGGUCCCCGCAUCUGCGUGCUCCCCUCAGCACCCGAGGGCGGCCCCUGGGACAGGCCAGGCCACAGAUGGGCAGCCAGAGCCUCCCCCUCCCCAGCUUGAGACCCUGCUGUUUCCUGCUCCCGCCCCACGAGGCCGCUCGACUCAGAAACAAAACCGGCGUCCGUGUGUCCUAAUUUUAUUGUUUCGCAGCAGAACGCCUGACAUAGAACAUAACUAAAUAUUCGGCUGUGCAAAAGAGAAUAGUGCUUAAGUACAAAUGGAGACGAGAUUUUCUUAAAUAAAUACUUAAACACGAGUCGGUCCUACAAGCACCUGGAAUCUAGGUCUGGCGGGUAGAGGUGCCUCACCGCCUGUGGACCCACGAAGACGUCACGAUUACCCUCCCCCCGUAAUCAAUACAUGGACCCAGGGCCGACGGUCACGAGGAGCCCUCUGCGGGGCCGCCCCAGCCCUCCGCGAGGACACUGGAAUUUCUCGAAGGUCGAUGGUCCGUAACAGAUAUUCCUCUAUGUGGAGGUGUUGGUCGCUGUGGCGAGUGGGCAGGGCGCCUAGAUGACCUUCUUCAGCUCGUCAUACAGGACCAGCACGAAGGCGCCGCCCAUGCCGCGGAGCACGUUGGACCAGGCACCCUUAAAAAACGCUCUGCCGCCCUCGUCCUUGAAGAUCUUUCGCCAGCAGUCCAAGGUGCCCCUGUACAUGAUGUCGGCUGCGGGGAGAGGGCGGGGGUCACGGAGAGGAUCACACAGGCGCGAAGCAGGCCCCGGAGAGACACGGUGCCGACGCGGGGCCCCAGCUGCCACCACCUGGGUGGCUAGGCGUUUCGACUGCAGGAAAAGGAAGCUCUGGACACCCACAGUUUGGGUGGGGAUCGAACACAAACUCGAGCCCCAGCCUCCCUAGGGCCCAGCACACCCGAGGAUCAAGGGCAGAGAGGGGGCAGGCACCCGGCCCAGGCCUCCCCCACGAAGCCCAGCUACUUCCCUCUGGGACCAAAUGCUGCACCCCGCCCCCGCCCGGAGCACCUCACGUGCUGGCUGUGCACCUCCGAAGGGCCGAACGCCAGGCCACUCAGCGAUGCCCCACCCCCAGAGCACAGGCGGCCCGGAGCAGGGCAGAAACGGUACCUCCUUUGCGCCCCGACUGCAUCAUCAUCCUCCGCCGUACGGUGUCGAAGGGAUAGGAGACCACGCCCGCCACGGCCGUCACCGUCUGCGCGAUCAUCCAGCUCACCACGAUGUGCGUGUUCUUAGGGUCGGGGAGCAUGCCUGCGGGGUCACCGUGGGCGUGAGGCCCCAGGGAUCUCCACGCGGGGAUCCCAGCACCAGGUGACGCUAGACUGGUCACACUGGGGUCAGCACACCAGCCAGAGAUGGGGAAGCCACCUGCAGGCUGGGAGGAUGGCCCCAGAGACCAACCCAGUACCCGGCGGCAGGGGCCUCUCUAGAGAGAAACAGACGGGUCUUGGCAAGUGGAAGGUUUCACACCCGUUCCACUGCAAAGCUGCCAGCGGGCCUGGGCCCCGACAACCAGGGUGACUUACUUUACAGGGCGUGAAGUGUGUCCUCCCCCAAAAUAUACUAAAGCCCCAAACCCCAGGACCUCAGAGUGUAACUGUGCUAGAAAAUAAAAGCUUUUACAGACAUAAUUAAAGUAAAAAAAAUCAGGUCAUCAGGGUGGGUCCAGAUCACAUAGGACUGGUGUCCUUAUAAGAAGAAAUUGGGACACAGACACACACAGAGGGAACAACCCUGUGAGGACACAGGGAGGAAACAGCCAUCUACACGCCCAGGAGAGAGGCCUCGGGAGGAACCAGCCCUGCCCACACCUGGAUCUCAGAUUCCAGCCUCCAGGACUGGGAGUCCACAGACAUGCUGUUGAAGCCCCCCGCCCAGCACCUGUCCAGUCAGCCCCGAGAGCAGAGCGCACUCACCUUUGGCGGUGUCAUACACGCCGAAGUACGCGGCCCGGUAGAUGAUGAUGCCCUGCACAGAGACGUUGAAGCCUUGGUACAGCCCCCGGAUGCCGUCAGACUUGGUAAUCUUCACCAGACAGUCUCCCAGGCCUUUGAACUCCCGCUCCGUGCCGGAUUUGCCGACGUCAGCAGCCAGCCGGGUUCUGGCGAAAUCCAGGGGGUAGACGAAGCAGAGGGAGGUGGCUCCAGCCGCCCCGCCGGAGGCCAGGUUGCCGGCGAAGUACUUCCAGAACUGCGUGUGCUUGUCCACGCCCCCCAGGAAGAUCUGCUUAUACUUAUCCUUAAAGGCGAAGUUGAGGGCUUGCGUGGGGAAGUAGCGGAUGACAUUGGCCAGGUUGCCCCUCCAGAAGGACAGCACACCCUGCUCCUUGGGGAUGCGCACGAUGCAGUCCACGAUACCCUUGUACUGUUUGUCGGCCGCGAUCUGCUUGCUGGCGUGCUGUACCUGGGGGCAGAAAGACAGGGGUUUUACACGAGGGCCUAAGUCAGACGCCCCCAAGAACCCCCAACGAAAGGUGCCAUCUUCGUAAGAUAACAUGUGCAUGGGGCCUUUAAGCUGGCCAAACGUCCUACCAGAAAAAAAGCAUCUUUUGGUCACUACGGGUCCCUACAAGUGUUACAAACAACAAACUAGCAACGAUGUUUGCAUUAGCGCUACAUUUCUAACAAUCCCGCAACAAAAACAGCUUAUUCUGACUCAGAACAGCAAAAGGGAAAUAAAAAGGGGAAAAGAACGGAAGUCCAAUGAAGGACACGACGACUGCCCUCGUGACCCGCCCAAGGUCACGGCCCUCGCCCCGCGGGGCCCGUCCACGCGGCUGCUCCAUGCGCAUGCGUUCGCCGAACUGCGCCGCAAGGCCCAGUGCGCACGCGCGUACGCGCCCGUGGCCCCUUUUCUGCGCAAGCGAUAGCGCCCACGUGACGCGCGCCCGGGCAAUCCCCGGAAGCCGGCGGCGCGCGGACAAAGCGGCGCAGCCUCCCGCUUCCGGUGCACGCGGCCUGCCCGGCCCGUUGUCCCCGCGCCCCGGACCCUCGCACCUCGCCCGGCGUCCGCGUGUGCGUAGCCGGCUCCCACCUGUAGCAGCAGCUUGACCCGCUCGAUCGGGGCCACGGCCGUCUUGGAGAUGGCGGCGGCGAUGCCUCCGGCCAGGAAGUCCUUCGCGAAUGAGAUGGCCUGUUCCGUCAUGGUGGCGAGGCGGGCAACGCAGCGGGAAGAGAGUGGAGGGGAGGCGCGGAGAGCCGGAGUGUGGGCACCGCUGGUCUGCGCUGCCGCCGCCGGGACCGAAAA